GCGAACUUGUGUAUCACGUGUGCAGUGUCAGGUCAAAAAAGUUUGACAGAAGUUCGGCAAAGACGGAUAUAAUUUUUGAACAGAAUCCUAGCCAAGACUUUAUUAAGUCUUUGUACAACAAAUUAAUAAUUUAACUUGCAUUAAGAAAAACGUUUUUUACCUAGAUCGACAGUCUUGAAGAAUAGCGCGAUGGCCGCAGUAGCUCAGCAAAUGAUGUCGGGAUUCAGUCUUGACCUGGGACCUUUGAAAGAACCUUUGGGAUUUAUUCGAGUUCUAGAAUGGGUCUUUACCAUAUUUGCCUUUGCCACAACGGGAGGCUACUCCGGCACGACCAGCUUCAGUGUAAAGUGUGGUACUGACGUUAAGCCCGUCAACGUCACCUUUGGCUACCCGUUCAGGCUCCCGAGCAGCUCGUACGAGUUCCCCACCUGCAACAACACGGAGAAGAUGUUCCUGACAGGGGACCACUCCUCCUCGGCCGAGUUCUACGUCUGCAUCGGGGUCUUUGGCUUCCUGUACUGCACUGCCACCCUGGUGCUCUACCUGGGCUACCAGCACGUGUACCGGGAGACCUCCCGCGGCCCCGUCAUUGACCUGGUUGUGACCGCAGUCUUUGCCUUCAUGUGGCUGGUGUCAUCGUCUGCCUGGGGCAAAGUCCUGACCGAUGUCAAGGCGGCCACCAGUCCUUACAACCUGGUAACGUCCAUCAUCAAAGAGUGCACUGGGACUGCUGGGCGCGAGUGCAUUGCCGGGCCGUAUCCUGCGAUGGGACGUCUCAAUGCUUCUGUGAUUUUUGGAUUUCUCAACCUCAUCUUGUGGGCAGGGAACUGCUGGUUCAUUUACAAGGAGACCCCCUUCCACAAGCCAGCCAACCCCCCUACUGGUGUGGAGGAAGGAGCUGGAAAAUCUUAAAUGGAUCUUGGAACCCUCCUCUCUCUCCGUCUGUCUGUCUGUCUUUCUCUCUCUCUCUGUCUCUCUUUCUCACAA